GGAAAGAAAAAUCGGCAUCUGGCAACACUGAAAUGAGUAAAUAUUUUCGACAACCCUACUUUUUUUUGUUUUGCGCGUCGCACGUUCCACGUUCGUCUGGUCAGAUUUACGAGGAGUAGAUGCGAACGAGCGAGGUGGCGAGGUAGCUGUAAGCUGUGUGUAAUUAUCGAACAAAGCAAUGCGCCUGGCGAAAAUUGAAUAAAUAAAAGCAUUAACCGUGUGUGGCAAUCACUCGACCCUCCGGCCAGGAAAGAAGAAGAAGCUGGUAGCCAGCAUUAGCGAAGGGCUGUGUCAGUGAGCGAGAGAGAGAGAGGACGAAAGUAGCCAGGUGUUUACAUCCUGCUCUCGCCGUUUUGUGGGUGUGUGCGUGUGCGUGUCCGUGUUCGCGAACAACAAAAACAAGAAGAAGAACAGCUCGUGAAAUAAAUAUUGUGUUUUAAUUUUUAUUUAUUUAUUUUUUGUACAUUUUUUUUUUUGUACGCUGUGCUCCCCCACCCCUCCACCCCACGUGCGACAAAAGUUUUUUCUGCCAACUCUCCCGACUCGGCCGACGGCCUGCGAACCUGGCCCCAAAACACAACUAAGCUCGAAGCGCACAGAGCAGAAAGCGGAAAACACGCGAAUUCCGAUCCGAAAUCAGUCCGACAAAGAGCAGCAAUCAUCUAAAGCACCAUGGCCCCGGCUCUGAGCAAACUGGCCAACAACCAAAGCGCCAUCGUCGGCGUGGCGGGCAUGACGGCCGCCCUCUGGAUAAUUGCCUACGGAAAGAUGUCCAACAAAAAGCGAAAAUCUGGCUAUGAGGACAAAAUCCAAUACACAAUCGCCGAAAAGAAGGAGAAGAAGGCGGGCAAGGCCCAUGUGAACUCAGUAUUCUUCAAACAGCUUCGUCAGCUGCUCCCCAUUCUCAUUCCGGGCUUCUGGAGCGUAGAGACCGGCCUGCUGUUCCUGGUGGCCGCCGCGCUGAUCGGCCGCUCCGUGAGCGACAUAUGGAUGAUCCAGAACGCGACGGUGGUGGAGAGCACCAUCAUUCACAUGAACCGCACCAAGUUCAAGACGGCGCUGCUGAAGUAUCUGACAGCCCUGCCAGCGAUCUCCGUGGUCACCAAUGUCCUGAAGUGGAGUCUGGGCGAGCUGAAGCUCCGCUUCCGCACAAACCUCACCCAUCACCUGUACAGUCAGUACCUAAACGGCUACACGUACUAUAAGAUGUCCAACCUGGACAACAGGAUAGCCAACGCCGACCAGCUGCUGACCACGGACAUCGACAAGUUCUGCGAGAGCGCCACGGACCUGUACUCGAACAUCAGCAAGCCGGUGCUGGACAUAUUCAUCUACGUCUACCGGCUGACGGUGAACCUGGGCGGCAAGACGCCCUCGAUCCUGAUGCUCUACCUGCUCUUCGCCGGAGUCUUCCUGACGCGCCUCCGUCGCCCCACCGGCCGACUCACCGUCGAGGAGCAGAAGCUGGAGGGCGAGUUCCGGUACGUGAACAGUCGCCUGAUCACCAACUCCGAGGAGGUGGCCUUCUACCAGGGCAACGUCCGCGAGAAGCUGACCCUCCUGGCCAGCUACUCCAAGCUGCGCUCGCACCUGCGCAAGUUCCUCGAGUUCCGCGUCAGCAUGGGCAUCAUCGACAACAUCAUUGGCAAAUACUUUGCCUCCAUUGUGGGCUUCUACGCCGUGUCCAUUCCCUUCUUUGCCGACAAUCACCCGCUGCUGUCCGGCGAGCAGAGCGGACAGCGGCUUCAGGCCUACUACACCUACGGCCGCAUGCUGGUGAAGCUGGCGGAGGCCAUUGGCCGGCUGGUGCUGGCGGGACGCGAGAUGUCCCGCCUGGCCGGCUUCACCGCCAGGAUGACGGAGCUGAUCAAGGUACUGGGCGACCUCAACAAGGGAACCUACGAGCGCACCAUGGUCAACGGCAACAACAUAACCCAGAGCCUGGGCGACGCCGCCGGCAGCAGCUUCGGGCCCAACAAGGGCGUCAUGUGUUUCGAGGACAACAUCAUUCGCUUCGAGCAGGUGCCCCUGGUCACGCCCAACGGGGAUGUGCUCCUCAAGGAGCUGACCUUCGAAGUAAAAUCUGGAACCAACGUCCUUGUGUGCGGACCCAACGGCUGUGGCAAGUCUUCGCUGUUCCGCAUCCUGGGCGAGCUGUGGCCCACGUGGGGCGGCAAGGUGACGAAACCUUCGCGAGGCAAGCUCUUCUACAUACCUCAGAGGCCUUACAUGACGCUGGGCACUUUGCGCGACCAGAUUAUCUACCCGCACACGCGCGAGGACAUGCGCCGGAUGGGCCAGAGCGACGAGGAUCUCAUGCACUACCUGGACAUCGUGCAGCUGACGUACUUGGAGCAGCGCGAGAACGGACUGGACGCGAUCGAGGACUGGAUCGAUGUGCUGUCCGGCGGCGAGAAGCAGCGCGUGGCCAUGGCCAGGCUAUUCUACCAUCGUCCCCAGUUCGCGAUCCUGGACGAGUGCACCAGCGCCGUCUCCGUGGACGUCGAGGGCAAGAUGUACAGCUACUGCCGUGAGGUGGGCAUCACGCUCUUCACCGUCUCGCACCGCAAGUCGUUGUGGGUGCACCACAACUACUACCUGCAGUUCGACGGACGGGGCAGCUACGAGUUCGCGGCCAUCGACCAGGAUAAGGAGCACUUUGGCUCGUAAAGCUUCUGCUCCUGCUCCAGCCCCUCUGUCCCCAGAGAGGCUUCGCCUCCAACCCAGUUUCUAUGUCCUAUAACUCCGGUGCUGGCGACUCCCGUUUCCCAUCAUCCACGCGUUAGUCAUUCCACUGCAACACCUGCGACGUCUGGUGCUUCUGGUCUGGUGCCGGAGCUAUUUGUAUAUAAUCCCAAGUUGGAGAACAUUUUUUUUUUGUUUAUUAGCUUCUUCAUGUGAUCCGAUACCCAUUGCCCGUUACCCCACUAUCCGCUACCGCUAGCUAUUCCAUAUUUUAAUCCGUUUAAAUGGAGUUCCCCAGAUCGUGGCUCCUCCGCCGCUGGGCUCUUGGAUAGAGUCCAACUCUAGGGGGAAGGAGCUGCUGGUGUUUAGAGAUGUAAGCGCCGCCGUGGACGCGCGUACAUGGCGAACCUUUUAGUAAAUUUAUACAAGCAUAUACACUAAACAAUUAUAAGUAAUACUACACCUCCACUACCCUUAGACGACGCACAAGCCCUACAAGCCUCCAAGCAGUCUGUGCGCGUUUAGCGAUCUUUUUUUUAGUAAUUUGUAAACUGCGCUGGCUAAUAUCCUGUUUUGUAUUUUCGGUUGAAUUGGACUUUGUAAUGGUAACCUUGCACGGCACCGAGCAUGGCAUAUACGAUUGUAAUAACUUGCUGGACAGUGCAAGGCGCAAUAAAUGUAUAUAAAUAUAAAAAAAA